AUGCCAUCGAUUUUUUUUCUCUCAUCGACAGAUCCGCGAGUGAGAAUCCCAAAAGUUCUCGAAUGUGGCCACAGUUUCUGCGUCGGCUGCUUAAACCACAUUUUUGAUAGUUUGAAGUACAGUUAUGUGGGCAAUGGUGAAGUUUUCCAUCAGUUGAAUUGCCCAACAUGCAAAAAAACUAUGGCCGUUACGAAUGGAAUUUCAAGUAUUUCGAAUAAUCUGCAAUUGAUCGAGACGAUGCUCAUUUCGGAUAAUCGAAUUGUGAAGUGUCGCGAAUGCGAGAUUGACGGAAACGAGAUGACUAUCAAGAUUUGUGUGGACUGCACCAAACAAAAGCAUAAUUUUGACAUGGCCGACAUGGACGCUGAAAAAGCGGGCAGUGUGGUGGUUGAGGAGUUCGCCGUGUGCUCCACUUGCAUUCUCUGCAAUCACAAAGAUCACAUAUGGAUCGAAUUCUAUCCGAUUAAGUUGUUCUCGCAACACUGCCAGAAUCUGCUCUCGGUCGCCAAAUUCAAGGCGGAUUUCGAAGAGAAUGUGUCGGCGGUGAAAUCGAUUCUCGCCGAAUCGCCGCGACUCAUCAUCACGACCGAGAAGAAGUUGGAGGAGCUCGUUGAUCUCAUGAAGCGCAGCCGCAGCAGUCUUCAUCAGUCGAAUGCGAUGAACGCCUAUCGAAGCGAGAUGAAGGAGUUGAUCGGCUCAUUGGCGAAGCUUCGCACUUGCAUGAAUGCGUUCAAUGAAAACUGCGCGAAAAAUCUCGAUAUUAUCAAAGAUCAAAAUGAGGCAAUCGAGGCGACGUGCACUGAUGAAUUUGAAAGUAUUUCCGAGAUGAUCGAGAAGAAGAAAUCGGCCGAUUUGUUGACGCCGACAAACAUCAUGAAUCGAUUCGUGAAGAAUUUCGCUGAGAUCCUUCGAUUGUCCGCGUAUUCCGUCGUCGACACCGUUAAGACGGUCAAGAAUGGUAAAAAACAAUAA